AUGUAUCAACAAACAAGCAAAUGUGAUAUUCGCAAUAAAUAUACUCCUCAUCAUAAUAAGAACUUGCAAAAUUUGAAAUCUACUCCAAAUAGUUCUAACUUGGAUACUAGUAGUGCUAUUAAUAUUUCUGUUAUUAGAGAUAAUGAUAAUAAUGGCAAUAAGUGUACAAAUGUCAACUCCUUACAUGGAGAUCAUAAUAAAGAGGCAAAUACUAAAGAAAUGUAUAAGUUAACUAAUAAACAUGAUACAUUUAUAAAAGAAAUUUGUAAAGAUCAUGGUUAUAUGAACAAGACUGUUGAAACUGAUAAAAUUAGUAGUAAAAAUGAUAGUUCCGAAUCUUCUGAUCCUAAAAUGCUUUCAUCAGAUGUCGAAACUUCUAUUGAAUCGCAGGCUAAUGAUGCAUUUUAUAAGUUUAUUAAUAAUAACGUACAUGGCGGUGAUCAUUAUAUUAACAUUAGUAAUUUUGUAAGUGAUUCACAUGAGGAAAUAUACUCACCACCUUCAGAUAUAAAUGAUCUCGAAACUGAAUUAUUCGAGUACAAUUAUUGUAUAGAGAAGUUAAAAACCGCAUCACAUACAGAAAAAAAUGGCGGGUCUAUAAAAACGGCCGGUCAACCGAAGUUGGAAAAAACACCUACAACUAGUAGAGAAACAUCAAGAAUCAAUCAACAAAAUACUAUAUCUUCUGGUAAUGAUAAAAGAUCUGAUCAAUUAUAUUUAACACCAAGAAGGGAGAAAGGGAUGAAUGAUUCAAUUUCUGAUCAAAAGACACCGCCAAUACCGACAGAAUAUAAAAAACAUGCUUCCAGAAUCUCUAUUUUCAACAAUAACUCACCAAGUUCUGGCAAACGAAAAGAAGCAUCGGAUUAUUUUGAUCUUAAUCCUAAUCCAGAACAUGAAUGCAAAAGAAGAAAACUAGAUGGUUCAACUAGCACUUCUGAAAUAGCUUCAGAUAUUACAACUUUGUCUGUUAAUGAAAACCAAUCGGCAGAAAAAACGCCUUUGAAAUCUUCUAAAUUCCAUUCAAUUGAUGUGAAUUAUCAAUCCACUGAGAGAUUUACAAAAGUAAUUGCUUCGACUCCACAUAAAACUAAUAAUGAAAUUGCUAAAAAAUGUAAACUUUCUACACCUCAUAAAGACGCAGAACAAAUUGCAAAAGGAACACCUUAUACAAAUAUAGAAAAAAUUGCAAAAGGUACACCCCAUAAAAAUGCAGAAAAAAUUGUAAGAGGAACGCCGCAUAAAGAUAUAGAAAAAACUGCAAAAGGUACACCUCAUAAAAAUGCAGAAAAAAAUGCAAAAGGUACACCUCAUAAAAAUGCAGAAAAAAUUGCAAAAGGUACACCUUAUAAAAAUGCAGAAAAAAUUGACAAAGGUACACCUCAUAAAGAUGUUGAAAAAAAUACAAGGGAUAAAACUAAAUUAAUUCAAACUAACGAUAAGAUUAAUGAGGAAAAAUUGAAUAAAAGUAGAAAUGAUAAAAGAACUAGUAACAAUAAUUCUAAACUAGAAAAAGUUAAUGUUGUUUUAAAAAAUAGCAAAGAUAAAGAUAAAAAUAGUAAAAUAGACAAACUAAAUAAUACUAUUAAAAAUAAAGAUACAAGCAUAAAAGACAAGAGCAGUUCAAAUCUUUUAAGUGGUGAUAGUGAAAUAAAUGGAAAUGAUCACAUCAGCAAUAUGGAAAAUCAUCAAAAUACCUCAAAUUUUUCUAAUAAGAAGAUAGUUUCUAAAGACAAAGGUGAUAAAACUGAAAAAACUACAAGUACACACAAUAAAACAAAAGACAACAAACAGAAAAAUAAAUCUAAAAUUAAACUUAAUGAGAACAAAACCACAACAGAUUUUACAGAUGAAAAUAAAACAAAUUAUAAUGAUAAAUCAACGGUUGACAUUGUGAAAAGUAAAAGUAAUAUUAAAUCUGAAGAUCAUAAAUUAAAGGCCAUUGGUGAUAGUUGGGGAUCAAAUGAUGAAGGUAAUAUUACAUUACUAGCAAAUGAGCAACAACUAAGCAGCAAACAUAAAUCGCCUGGUAUACCCGAAUCUAGUAAAGAGUCUUUUGAAUACAAUAACUUAGAAAUGGAUGAUGAUGUGAUUAUCAUUGAAGAAGAUACUCAAGACGAAGAUAUACUUGAAAUUCAAACUGUCAAAUCAACGGUCGACAUUGUGAAAAGUAAAAGUAAUAUUAAAUCUGAAGAUCAUAAAUUAACGGCCAUUGGUGAUAGCUGGGGAUCAAAUGAUGAAGGUAAUAUUACAUUACUGGCAAAUGAGCAACAUCUAAGCAGCAAACACAAAUCGCCUGGUAUGCCAGAAUCUAGUAAAGAGUCUCUUGAAUACAAUAACUUAGAAAUGGAUGAUGAUGUGAUUAUCAUUGAAGAAGAUACUCAAGACAAAGAUAUACUUGAAAUUCAAACUGUUAAUGUUACAUCACAGCAGAUGAUGACGAAACAUUUUAAAGAUAAAACUAUAAAUAAAACAAGUAUCAAUAAUAAUUCAACUGUUAUUAGAUCCAACCUCAAAACUGUAGAAGAUGAAGGAAAUAGUAAAUCUGAAGAGAAUGAAUUAGCAACCAAUGUAAAUACGGUUGAUUAUAAUAUAGCAAAGGAUGAUGUGAUCAUAAUUGAAGAAGAUAUUCUUGAAAUUCAACCUCCUAAUAUUGUACCAGAACAGACAAUUGACGAGCAUCAGCAUAAAGAAGUUGAUGUCUCACUACCAACCAUUGAAUAUUCUCCAGAGUGUUCGCUCUAUUUGUUUGCUAAAGAUAUAAACUUAAUAAGUGUUCAUGAUUCAUUUCAAUUGAGCAGAUUGUUUCAAGAGUUUUUGCCUACUUUGAACAAAUACAGUGGAACAAUUGCAGAAAUUACAAGUUCUCAGAAACUCUUAACGUCUAUUUAUGACGACCUAAUAUUUACAGGUUUUAUCAUUGACCUACGAAAUUUGUUUGAGGACGAAUACACAUAUCAGUAUAAUAUUUUCUCCAGCAGAGACUCCAUAACUCGAGAUGUGGAGUAUGAAAUUUUAUUGAGCGACUAUAAAAUAGCAUACAAAGCCAGAGAAAUGCGAAUUUUUAAUUCAAUUUUCCAACUUGCAAUAAAGUUACGUUCUGGUUUAGAUAGAUUGUUGAACAGUAGUUCAUUUUUAAAUUUAGUAUAUAGGAAGUUGUGUUCGAGCUGGCAUGCCACUAAACCAUGUCCAAGCAAAACACAAGUAAUGGAUUUAAUUAGCAGCUUUAAUUGUAAGUUACAAAACUGCAUUAACUGUUGGAAUAUUAGUGGUAAUGGCUCGGGGGCAACUUUAUCUUUUCUACCGACUGGAAGCAACACCAAUAACAAUAUAAUAAAAACUCAGGAAUAUGAUGAGACUAUAAUAGUUACUUCAGAUAAUGAUUCACCUAAUAAUCGAUUUAAUGAUCAAGUUAUCAAUGAAAACUUGGAGAAGCUUCCUAUAUCUGAAAUCUGUUUGGAACCUUGUGAAAUUGACAUUAAAUCAGAAAUCAUAGAAUUAAGUGAUGAUGAAGACACAAAGACAACACUGAAUUAUCCAGUUGGAAUACGUAUCGGCAUUGCAUCUAAUAGGAUUUCAUCUAAUAUUAGCAGCGAUAUUAGAAUGUCAGUCGACAGUGGUUUCUCAGACGAAGUAACACAAUGGGUCAAGUCAACCCGCCGAUUUAUGUUGCAACAUGAUCCAGUAAUACUUUGCGCAUUAUGUGACAAAGCAGCAGAAAUAAGAUGUGCUUAUUGUAAAUUUACAUGUUAUUGUUCGAAAGUAUGCCAGACAAAUCAUUGGUAUUCUGAGCAUAACGAAAACUGCCUUAAGAAAACUUUGAAAAAAAAUAUUUAUUGUAAAGGAAGCAAGAUGUUUGAAAGUAAGGACAGUGAAGAUGAUGAUGUUAUAAUGGCAGAAGAAUGUGCUACAAUAGAUGAAAGUUCUAAUAUUACUUCAAAACAAAGAUCUGAUUUAAAUAAAAAUGUCGAAGAAAGCUUAAAUAGAAAUAGUGAAAGCUUUCUUGGUGUAAGUAAAAUUUCUAAUGAGGAUAAUAACCCUAAAACAAAUGCGUCUCAUGCAAUCAAAUGUGGUAGAUUAAGUUUUAAUACAGAUGAUAAAAUAAGCCUAACUGAAGAUGAUAAAAUAAGCUUAAGUGAUCAUGAUGAAAAUUCUUUGGUUGAAUCUAAUAAAAUUCAAACCAAGGAAGAGGAAAACGAUUUAGAUUCUGUAAUUAAUUCAAUGGAUGAUGAUGAUAUUACCAUAAAUGAAGAUGAUGAUAUUGAAACAAGACGUUUGAAGAAUCUUGAUAGAAACCAAAAAAUGUUGCAAGCAUUAUUUGAUAAGACAUCAGCAUCUGAAGAUGAUGCACAACAAGAUAAUAGCUUAGAAGCAAUUCGUAAACGAAAUAUUCAAAGAAACAAAGAAAUAUUUGCACAACUUUUUCCAGAUGAGUAUGGGGAUAAGGCUAAACCAAAAGACAUUGUUAAGACUAAACCUGUUUAUAAAAGAAAAUAUGUUCAAAACUCAAAUCCACAACCAGUGGAGAAACGGCGGUCUUUGAGAGUAAGAGGUGAACCCGUGAAAUACAAUGAAUAUGAGUUAGAUAAACUAUUGGAUAAUGAUGAUAAGCCAAAACAUAGGAAAACAAUUGGACCAGUCACCCAUGGUUUCAAAUACUUGCUUACUCAAAAAUUUCCUAAACUUAAUGGCAGGCGCACUGCAAUUCCUGAAUUACCAGUAUCAGAAGUCACUCAAAGGCACAUUGAUAAUAUUGCUGUUAGAGCUAUAGAGAAAACCUAUUCAAAAGAAGGCAGUAGUUGCCAUCAAUGCCGUCAAAAAACAAUUGAUACAAAAACAUUUUGUCGCAGUGGAAUUUGCACGGGUGUAAGAGGUCAAUUUUGUGGUCCUUGUUUGGAUGGAAGAUAUGGGGAAAGUGUAGCAGAUGCUCUUCGGGACCCAAAUUGGUCUUGUCCUCCUUGUAGAGGUAUUUGUAAUUGUUCCAUUUGUUUAACAAGACAGGGUUAUGCACCAACAGGAAUUUUGAGACCUGUUGCACUCGAAAAGGGCUAUAAGAGUGUUAAACAUUAUUUGGAGGCCAUAACAAAUGAUUCAGAUGGGGAAAAUUCUACAAAAAGCGAAAGAAAAUUAAUAAAGGCUAAAACUAUUUUAGAAGAACUUGAUGAAUUUUCUGAACUAGAACUUGACGUUUUUUAUGGUUUUGAAUGA